AACAAACGUCAACUUGGGUUCCGCAUGACACAUGAGAUCACGCUUGCAGCAGUUCUACAAUUGUGCGGCGAGAAAAACAAACAUAAUAUACAUGUUAAAAAUAGAUUAGAAAUUUUUACAUUAUUUGCUAAAAAAUGUAUUAAAUAUAAUAAAUAAUGGUUGUAAUGCAAAAAACAAAUCGCGUAGGGAAGCGGAGUAAAAUCUUUUCUUCUCUUUUUAUAACCGCGCUAUGUCUUCUUCUCACAUCGAUUUCGUAACCGGAUUCGCGCGAGGCUCGCAAGACAAAGCCGAGGAAGAUUUUAGCCUCUGCUACGCGUAUCCGGUGAUCGAUGACGAUCAGAAAACGAGUGAGGUGCUCACGAGGAGCAAGAGAGCGUCGCGAGUGUCGAACGGCAGAGACUCGUCGGCCGAGGACGGACUUUACGUUUCCGAGAGUCCGUUCACCGACAGGAUCGUCAAGCCUUAUCGACUCGGCGACGUCAAACCGCUGGACUAUGAGUCACGGCCACGUUUUCGCGGGAAACUCGUCGAGAUCGCGGUGCGGGAAGUUCGCGUUUCCCCGCCGCGCGAAGAAAACCAACACGCCGGGACGACGAUCCCCGAGAUCGUCUCGGUCUCCCUGCUUUUCAAGGGGAAGACGAUAUGCACGUCGAACGGGCCGUUCAACCGCAAACUGUACAAAUUGUUGAUCAGACAUUCGGAAUGCUACAAUCUCUCGAUACAGGUGCACGCACGACACGGGGCGUCCAGCGUGCUCCCGUUACUGUUGCCUCGACGUAGCGUCAGAGAUCACAAGGUGGACGUAGAUUUCGCGAUCGGCGACAGCUCGGGUAGGAUGCACGCUGGAACCGUCGUCUGCACUGUCUCCCUGUCGAUGUACGGCAGCAGCGAGGAGCCCGAGGAGAGCAACAGCGCGUUACUCUACAGACCGAGCAACGACCCGAACGAUCCGCAGAACAGUCUCUUCUUGUCGCGACCCCACAAGCGUUCCACCAGCAAGAAAGAUGUCAAGCAUUUUCUGCUGAUAGACCCGGCUCUGGUCUUCAACCUGGCGGACGUCGGCGUGACUCGCAGAGCGCUACCGAGCGAGUCGAAAUCGCCGGACAUCGUCGUGACCGAGCAGUCCGCGUUCUCUCUGCUGGACGUAUCCUUGAAGAAUCUGUUCCAGGCCAGUCGGCCGCUCAGGCCGUCGUCCAGCGGUCGUAGGCAUCAUCCCCCCAUAGGGAAAACGAUUCUCGCCGUCACCAUCGUACGAGGGGUGGAGGUGCCGGUGAGGGAGGAAUCGGCGCUAGUCACUCCUCUGCUAGAGGUGGAAUGGGGCAACGUCGUUCACGCGACCGCAACGGCGGAAGGGCCCGCACCCAUCUGGCAGCAGACCAUACACUUCGAGCUGCCCAGGCAGAACGGCGACCAUUGCGUAAAAUUCCGCCUGUAUGACCAGCACCCCGUCUGGGGUCAGCAGUGGCUGGGCGAGACGAGAAUACCCCUCGAAAGUCACAGGAAUUAUCAGGAACUCGAGCGGUGGAUCGCCCUGUCUCCCCUGUUCAGUCCCGUAUUGUCGUUCGGCUACGUGCAAGCCAGUCCGGGGCGAUCGCACACCCGGAUCUACGUGCUGAUGAAGCUGGAGCAGCCCGGCAACGCCAAGUCCUUGGAAGCUAACGCCCUCGAUACUUUGUUAAAGGGGAUCCAACGCUGCCUGGCGACGCCCUACAAGGUAGCCGGGGUAGAGACUCCCGACGACGCUGCGCGGCUCACCAUGCUUCUGCCGUCCUUGCCGAUGCACUACGGCCCGGUCCCACCGCGCCAGGCCUUAAACGUCAACAAGGUGGAUCACUACGGAAGAGCGGCCUUGCUCGCAACGCUGCUGCAAGCUCUCGGUUUGCAGUCGUACGUAUUGUUAGGUUCCUCACAGAUAAGCCGAUGGACCGCGUUUGUUUUGAGCAUCGACGGAAACGACGUCGUCCUCUGGGAUCCCGAGAUCGGGGAUCGCUAUAAAUUGAGCGACAGUCGCUCUUCGUUGAUCAAAGUAUACCGCCUGAUCAAUCACUCUGGCAUAUGGGAGAACAUGCACAAAUCUAUUCUGCCUCAUAACUUGAGGUACAACGUGGCAAACAGCAAAGACUGGAGGCCACUCGUGCCACCCGUCGCCACAUCGACCAGCAAUCGUUCCGUUCAGACGUUGGAACCAACAGUGAUACAAAUAUCCGAGGAAGAGGCGCAGGAGAAGGAAGGUGCGCCGGAAAUGGAGCAAUACUUGCGAGACAAAUUGUCUGACUGGCGUAGCGCUCUCGGUUUAACGACGAUAUUCAAUCGUCACGCGGUCAGUAUUUUGCGAAGUUUCGUUUCCGACAUUCCGAGCGAUGUGAUGCGCCAGGUAGACAAGAGGGAUCUGAAACAAUUGUACAGAGCUUAUCACACACACGGUUUCCUCCUACACCUGCGUCAGACCUCCCUUGACGAACUGGCGGAGCAAAUAGCUUCUACAAAGGUCCACAGUAUCACGGGCCCCGUUGAAUUUGCUCUCGUUUGCCACACACAGCGAUACGUUGGCAAGACGUGCUCGAUGUGGCUGGCUCUAGCGAUUUUACGAAGUCGCGGUUAAUCGCGACAUUGAAUUGCUUUUCUUUCGCUGAUAAAUUGUCCAUUUCUCCAAGAUAUUUGAAAUUUUUCCAAUUGUAAAAAAAUCAAAUAAUUAAAAUAUUAUUUAAUCACAACACAAAUAAGAAAAACUGUCUCGAAAGAAUAAACGAAUCGUUUAGAAAUUACACGGCUAAAAUACAGCAUGAAUUAAUAAUAAAAAGAAACCAUAGAUGAAAUUAAAUACAUAUAUUUCAAUGGUUCACGUUUCGAAAGCUAUCUGAUCAUUCUCGAUAUUUUCACCUUUCCAUGCAGCACCUUUCCAUCGCGUUACGUCGUGAAAGACUACGAUUUAUUGUACAGCCACUGCCUGAAGUCAUUAAUUUGCGUGCAAUACUGUGUGCUUGCUUUAAAGUAAUUUUAUUAAUUUUAAGAUAUAUACAAUAAAAUAACGCAAAAAAGUCAUUUUAUACAUAAUAUUUGAUCUGGCAAUUAAAUGAUGUUAAUCGAUAAGAAAACUUUGUAAAAGAGCUUGUUGCAAGGACAAAUAAACGUAAAUCGUGAAGAAUUAA